AUGGCCGACACCGUACCCACCAUACGCUGGGGCAUUGUAGCUACUGGCCUGGUGUCAUCUUGGUUCGUUGAUGACCUCCUCCUCGACCGGCCGGACGCCAAAGCCAAGCAUGUCAUUCAAUGCAUUGGCGGGUCCUCCAUAGAAAAGUGCAAGGAUUUUGCCGCCAAACAUUGCUCCAAGGCAUCACCAACGUUGUACGCUUCAUAUGAAGAAGUCUACGCAGACAAGAACGUCGAUUGCGUCUACAUUGGGACUCCGCACGCGUUCCAUAAGAAAAACUGCCUCGAUGCUAUCGCCGCGGGGAAAAACGUCCUGUGCGAAAAGGCGUUCACAUUGAAUGCUCGAGAAGCCCGUGAGGUGGUUGAUGCGGCGAAGAAGAAGGGCGUGUAUCUACAUGAGGCAAUGUGGUUACGCCAUCGACCGCUCGUCGCAAAACUACGAAAAUUGCUGCACGAGGAAAAGGCGAUAGGCGACGUGUACCGUAUGUGGGUCGACUUCGGGCAGGAGGUAAACUUGGAAGUUCUGCCGGAAGCGUCGAGGUACAAGGACCUUCGACUCGGCGCUGGCUGCUUUCUCGAUAUGGGCAUCUACUCCCUUACCUGGGCAGUCCUAACCCUAGACCCCGGCGCGCCGCACCGAUCGGAAAGACCUUCGGUGCUCGCAGUCCAAACUCACCAGGGCGGGAUUGAUAUCACCACCAGUAUGCUUUUACAAUACCCUUCGACGGGGCGACAUGGCAUUGUGACCUGCUCAACGGUGACAAAUGGGGACCCUGAUAUUAUCUGUCGGGUCGAGGGCACCCAAGGCUUUGUCGAAGUCGAAGGCCAAGUUGGGUCUAUGCCUCUUUCAUUCACCGUCUACCCUAAAAGAGAAGGGAAUUCCAGCCUUGGUACAGUGAAGAAACCUCAAGGAAAGAGAUACGACUUCCCUAGAAUCGGCCUUGGAUUUGUCUAUGAGGCAGACGAUACCGCUCUCGACAUCGCCGCAGGGAGAAAGGAAAGCAUGAUUAUGCCAUUAGCCGAGUCGGUGCGCGUGAUGGAGAUAAUGGACUUGGCGCGAGAGCAAGGUGGGACAAGAUACCCGCAAGAUGAUGAAUAG